GGCUCUGUUCUUGAUCUGAUAGAGGAAUUGCUCUGUUUGCCCUUCAGAUUCAAGAUUCAGACCCAAAUCCCCAUCUUAAGUUUCAAACAUUCUUCAUCAAUCAUCUUCGAAUCCCCAAAUUCUAAUCUGGGAUUUUGCUAAAACCAGCAAAAAUCCCCCUGUUUCAAUCCAAUUUAACCUAAAAAGACCAAGAUUCAUGUUCAAUUUAUCGUUAUUAAUGUUUGAAAUAGAUGUCUCAAAUUCUUAGUGAAUUGUUUGUUUCUGGGUGUAUGAUCAAUUCCACAUAUUGGCGAAGAACCCAUUUAGUUCAAUCUUUCUCAGUUGUCUUCCUCUACUGGUUCUAUUUCAUUUCAUGAUUGUUCGUUCCUCUAUAAAUUAGCCAUAUAUCUAUAUCUAUCUAUAUCUAUAAUUCUUGUAGGUGAUAAAAUAAUCAAAUUAAAGCUUAAUUACCAUCUGGGUCCUGGUUAUAUUCACCAAUUUCUGUCUCGAAAUCUGCAACUUUUCGAGUUCUAAUUUUGGUACUUUAAUGGCGUCGUCAAGUGGGACAACGACAUCGUCAGGGGGUUCAUAUCUUCAUGAAGAAAUUGAUGAUAGGAAGAAGAGAAGAAUGGUUUCAAACAGAGAAUCAGCGAGGAGAUCUAGAAUGAGGAAGCAAAAGCACCUGGAUGAUCUCAUGACUCAGCUGAGUCAACUCAGGAAGGAGAAUAACCAGAUCAUUUCCAGUAUCAGUAUGACCACACAGCAUUAUAUGACUGUGGAGGCUGAGAACUCAGUGCUCGGUGCUCAGGUGGCAGAGCUCAGCCACCGGCUGCAGUCACUCAAUGAAAUCAUCACCUUCAUGAAACAACCCAUUGACACCGGAAUUGGGUGUGGGUUUGACGAGGAUCAAUACGACGGCAGCGGCAGCGGCAGCGGCAGCGGCGCUGGUGGUUCUGAGUUUGGCGACGAGUUUAUGUACAACUCACUGAGUCAUCUCUAUGCUUGCCAGCCGAUCUUGGCUUCUGCUGACAUGAUUAUGUACUGAGUUGAAUGAAGUUUGAGAGGCAAGGAGAAAGUGGUCAUUUCUAAAACUAUAAGGUCAAGAUGGUAAUUUUGCAAGAAGUUUCAAAAGUAAUAACAUUAAGGGUAUAUAAGUAUUGGCAUCUUGUAGGGUCUUUUUUUGGG